GCACGACCCAUAUAACACAAUUAAAUCCAUAUAGUGAUGAUUUUCUUUGUUUGAAACACCUUUUUCUGUAUCGUAAUUAUGCGCAAAUUUUUUCGGGUUUAUCAUUUGUGUCGUGGGAUAUAGUGGGUUCCUAAAUGACGGCCGAGUUAAUGGACUUGGAUGACAUCCUACCGCAAAUUGGCGAGUUCGGCAAAUACCAAAAACUGAUGCUGUGGCUGAUCUGCCUACCGGCCUGCUUUCCUUGCGGUUUCGGCGCUUUCAACCAGCUCUUCAUGACCGACGUACCGGAUUAUUGGUGCCGAGUACCAGAACUAAACAAUUUAACAGUAGAAGAACGAAAAAACUGGUCGAUACCGAAAAUAAACAACACAUUUGUUCAAUGUCAACGGUACGCGAUUAAUUAUACGGAAUUGUUGAGGGAAAUUGAUAAUGGGUAUCAGAGAGAUUCGAAUAAAACUGUGUGGCCCAUUGAGAGUUGCAAAGAUGGUUAUGAAUAUGAUACCAGCGUGAUUUAUUCUAGUAUAGUCAUCGAUUACGAUCUUGUAUGCGAAAAAGACAUUUACCCAACAUACGGCCUGGUAGCGCUCAACAUCGGAGGCCCAUUCGGAGUCUAUUUUUUCGGAUAUCUAAACGACAGGAUCGGCAGGAAAAAGACCUUCUUUAUUUGCCUCACUACACUGAUCGUUGGUGGCAUAAUGACGGCCUUGUCCCCGGAUUUUUGGUGGUGGGCCGGUAGCAGACUCAUUGUAGGCCUCACUAUACCUGCCAUUUACCAAAUCCCUUUCAUAAUAUCUCUAGAAUUGGUUGGUCCAAAUUAUAGAUCAUUUAUUACAGUAUUAACGUGCCUGUUCUACACUGUAGGCCUCAUAAUGCUGGCAGGCAUUACUUACAUGGUACGCAACUGGGUGUACUUGUCCUUGGUAACAUCAGUACCGUUUAUACUGUACUACUUUUAUUGGUUCGUGUUGCCAGAAAGCCCCAGAUGGCUUUUAGCGAAAGGCAAAUUCGAGGAGGCCUCGACUAUUCUAGAAUCUUUGGCUAAAACCAACAACAAGGAAAUUCCGGCCAGCUUUAAGCAGCAGCUGAAACAAAAAAUGACUAAUAAAAGGACCACGAGCGAGGAGGAGGCUCUGAAUAAGAAUUUGGGGUUGUUUGACUUGUGUGGGACGCCCAACAUGAGGCUCAAGACUAUUCUGAUUACACUUAAUUGGUUUGCUAAUAAUAUGGUUUACGUUGGCCUAAGUUACUACGGUCCAUCACUAGGCAGCAAUCAGUACCUCAGCUUCUUGCUGUCGUCAGCAGUCGAAAUACCCAGCUACGUAGCCUCCUGGCUGCUCAUUGACAAAUGGGGCAGACGUUGGCCCCUUUGCUUGUGCAUGAUGCUGAGCGGAUGUUGCUGUAUAACUACAGUAUUAAUUCCAAGCGAGAACGAAGUAGCAACUCUGGUGCUAUUUUUAUUGUCCAAAUCCACAAUUUCGGCCUCGUUUUUUAUUAUUUAUCCGUUUGCUGGUGAACUAUAUCCUACAGCUAUAAGAGGAUUGGGGAUUGGAGUAUCAGCUUAUAUUGCUGGUGUUGGAUUGAUUAUAAUACCUUUUGUAACUUAUUUGGGUUCUGAUGUUUUAGUUUUACCCAUAAUCAUUAUGGGGAUAAUAUCAUUUUUUGGUGGUUUGUGCGGGUUGAGGCUACCAGAAACCCUUAACCAUCGAUUACCACAAACUUUGGAAGAAGGCGAAGAGUUUGGUAAAUAUUUUAGCUGGGACGAUUGUUUUAAAUGCGUACCUGCUCAGCCAUCUCCAUCUGUUGCUGGUUCUUACGAAGAUUUGGAAAUGAGUUCAGUGGAAAAACCGACUGAAGCGACUCCGUUGGAGUCGCCUCUUGAGCCAAGGCGAAGAAUUUCGAUGAAAAAAUUGGUGAGGCAACAGAGCGUUUUGGAUACUCAGAAAAAUGCCGAUGGAACGAUGAACAUGAUUUAUUUAUAUUAGUUAGGAUGAUUAAUGCAAAUAAUAAUAGAUUGUGUUGUUUUGGAG